GACAACAGAAGACACAGAAAUCCUCCUCAUCAAAAACAUGACUUUGAUCUCCGUCCUCAUCUGGACUCUCCUCUGCUGCUGCUUCACAGAGUCCAGAGGCCAGGUCACAGUGACUCAGCCUGGAGCAGUGAGCUCUGCUCUGGGAGGCUCCGUCUCCAUCAGCUGUAGGACCAGUCAGAGUGUUUAUGUUUCGGGCAGCUACAAAGGUUUAUUCUGGUACCAACAGAGAGAUGGAGAAACUCCUAAACUGCUCAUCUACUAUAUUAGCACUCGACAAUCAGGGAUUCCAGAUCGUUUUACAGGCAGUGGAUCAAACUCUGACUUCACUCUGACCAUCAGUGGAGUCCAGACUGAAGAUGCAGCAGUUUACUACUGUCAGAGUUAUCACUAUAUCAACAGUCAGAGUGUGUUCACACAGCGCAUAAUCACAAUGACUUUGAUCUCCGUCCUCAUCUGGACUCUCCUCUGCUGCUGCUUCACAGAGUCCAGCGGUCAGUACACAGUGACUCAGCCUGGAGCAGUGAGCUCUGCUCUGGGAGGCUCCGUCUCCAUCAGCUGUAGGACCAGUCAGGAUGUUUAUGCUUCUAACAGGUUAGCCUGGUACCAACAGAGAGAUGGAGAAACUCCUAAACUGCUCAUUUACGCUGCUACUACUCGACAAUCAGGGAUUCCAGCUCGUUUUACAGGCAGUGGAUCAAACUCUGACUUCACUCUGACCAUCAGUGGAGUCCAGACUGAAGAUGCAGCAGUUUACUACUGUCAGAGUUUUCACUAUCCCAACAGUCAGCAUGUGUUCACACAGUGAAAAA